AUUUAAGGCUCGUCUAUCAAUACUGAACGCGCCAUGUCGCAGGUGUCGCCGUUGUCGAUGCCGCGGCCGCCGGGUGGCACGCCCGUGCAGCUCAAUAUCUUUUCAGCGCUCCUCGCGAGUCUUGUUGGCGCCUACGUAGCAAGCGCGCCGCUGCACGCGUAUUUGUACGAGAAUCUGCCGUGGGCGCUGGACCCGCCGCCCUUGAUCAUGUCCAAUGCCACGUGGGCGCAGACCGAGGCGUUCUGGCUCCUCUUUGCCAAAGACCGGUACUCGUCCGAGACGUUUCUCGAUGGCACGUCCUACUGCCAUGACCCGACGACCAACACGGACAUUUACCGGAUGGUCCUCGACCUCUCGACGCCGAUUCCACUCGAUGAGUGCAAUGCGAAGCUUCUGACCAAGCUCAACAACGGCGCGAUUUUGAGCAAAGGCCUCCAAGACACGCUCUGCACUUUUGCAGCGAGCCCGAACGCCUCCCUCGUAGCGUCUGUCGCGGCGUGUCAGGACAACAAACUCGGAGGCAUCCAGCAAAGCGUCGUCUGUGCGUGGCUCACGCCCGGCGACGACCUCACAAUGCACCGAAGCAGCAGCGGUCCAAGCCUCUACACGUACUACAACAUCUUUCUCAUGCGCCCGUCGAUCGCGUUUCUGUACGCCAAGCUCGCGUCGCGCGUCGUGCUCGUCAUGUACAUUAUGUACCGCCUUUGGUUGGACUAUUAUCGCCACUGCCGCGAGCUACUGCGCGACUGCGCGCUCGUGGAGGGCCACCGGUGCGAAGUGUUUUUGGGGGACCCCACCAGUUUGAUUCUGCUCGACCCGUUCGUGACGUUUGGAAUGAGCCUUGACGUGUGGCUCAGCGCUUCGGUCAUCGGCUCGUCGACGCUGGCGGCUGUUCAAAUGGACGACACGUGGCAAUUCAUGCUCGGCUGCCUCUACCUCGCGCGCAUGGAAUGGAUUGCCUACUUUUCACUCGCUAUCGCGUCACCGAUCCUAAAGCGGCUGCACAUGGAAGGCCGGUUCACACCCGUGGACCCGACGCUCGUGGCGAUGGCAGCGACGCUCAUUGCGGGUCCGUUGACCUACCAGCAAGGACACAGUGUCUUUUUUACGCGUCUGUACCUCUGGCUCUUCAACACCAAGGCGCCGGACCCGCACUCGAUUGAAAUUGGCUAUGGCAUUUUCUUCUUUCUCUGCACGGUCGGCUUGACGCCGAUCGUCUUGGGCCUGGCCACAUGUCCUUCCAUGCAGUCCUCCAUUGUCCCCACGGAGACGUAUAUGGUGUUGCGCCACGCCCUUCCAUCGUUCAACGACGUCAAGCACCGAUUUCUUUUGGCGCUGCAGCUGCGGUGUCGGGCCAAGUACCGCCGACUGCACCAUUUCGGGGGAACCAUCUACAGCUUUUACGACGCGUACCCCAACUUUCGCAAGUUUCCGAGUUUGAGCCAGCGCGGUCUCGACUGCUAUAUCGUGGUGUACGCAGCUGACGACGACCUGCCGUGCGACUGCAUUCGCGUGAGCUUGUACAGCUGCGUGGACAAGACGCAGACGAGCCUCGUCAUUGCCAAGGACGACGAAGAUGUACCCUUUGGCCACUUGACGAUCGAAGCCAACAAGACGACCCGCGCCAUUUCGUUUGUUGUCGUCGAGCCACCCCACGGUCAGUGCCACUGGAUAGAGUAGAAAUGCAAUUUGUUCUAGUCUGUUGCGCUCC